CCAUUGCUAUCCCUAAUGAAAAAGCUUAAGAGAGAGAGAUCACACACCAAAAACGCUUCUUCUUCUUCCUCUUCCUCUUCCUCUUCCUCUGUCUCACUCUCUCUCGCUCUCUCUCUACUUUUCGCUUCUCUCUUUCUCUCUCUUGCAUCAUCAAGCCAUUUAUAGGGGGUUGAGAGGCGUUGAGGAUUUGUGAUGGAUCACGGGGUUGAUGUUGUUGAUGGCGGUGGUGAGGGAGAGAGCAAGAGAGUAGUGGUUGAUGGGGUUUUUGAUGAUAGUGUUGUAGUGGGGUCUGAUAAAUCCAAGGAUUUGGAAGGGGAGGAGGUUUUCCAGGAGGCGAUGGAGCCGCAGGAGAGUUUCCGUGAACAGGGGGAUGCUGUUGUUGAUGAAAAUGAUGGUGUUGGAGCGGGUGGUGGUGCGGUGGGUUUGGAUGUGGUGGGUGAGAAUACUGAUGCUGCUGCUGUUGCUGAUGCUACGCAGGAGCAUGAUGACUUUGAGGAGGCAAUUGGGGUUGUCGGUGAGCUUGGGAAAGAGGGGGAGGCUGAGGUAAAUGGUGACCUGGGGCUGGGAAAGGAUGGGCAGGGGGUUGGUGAUAGUGUUCAUCGGGAUGGGGUUGAUUCUGGAGGUACUGGAGAUAGAUUGAAUGAUGAAGAGUUGGGCAGGGUGAUAGAGGACUUUGAGGAGGCAAUUGGGGUUGUCCGUGAGCCUUUGAAAGAGGGGGAGACUGAGGUAAUUGCUGACCAGGAGCUGGAAAAGGAUGAGCAGGGGCUUGGUGAUAGUGUUCAUCUGGAUGGGGUUGAUUCUGGAGGUACUGGUGUUAAUUUGGAGAGUAGUGAUUGGAGUGGUGGGAAGGAAGUAUCUGGGUUAGAUACUGAUGGGGAGAUGUUGGUUAAGGAGAAUGGAGCUGUGGCAGAUGGGAACUCUGGUUUGGUGACUGAGAAAGCUGAAUUUGAUGAUUCUGAAUUCAUGACCCCUAGAGAAAAUGGUGCUAUGUUCUUGGAAAAUGGAAGCACAGACAAGGUGGACCAUGUUGUUACUGAGUCUAAUGCGGAAUCUGAAACCAAUGAGGUCGAUGGAACCCAAGGCAAUGAAGCUGGGGAGUUGAAGGAGGGUAGCUCAGAUCCUGAAUUUGAAGAUAACAAGACAGAGGUGAAAUUAAAUGCUUCAGGUGUUCCUUCUAGUGAAAUUGAAGAGGACUCAAAUGAAGAAGUGCAUGAAAAUUCAGCUCAUUUGAAUUUAAAACAUCAAGGUGAAGUAAUUACAGAGACGAAGGAUGAUGCUCUUGGCACUAAUAUCAUCCGCAAGGAUAGAAUUGGUGAAGAUGACAUGAAGGCUACUGAGUUAAGCGCCUAUCAAGCUGGAUCAGACACAGAGCAUCAGAAAGUGAUUGGUGAAAUUAGUGGAGCUUCUCCACCUGAACUGCACGAAACUGUGCAGGAAAGUGGAAACUCUGCUGAUGAGACGCUUUCUGUUCAGGCUAGUGCAGCUGAUCAGAAUGGUCAGACUACUGAUAUAAACAAUGAGGAUAGAAAUGGAGAAGAUGGCAUUCAGACUACUGAAGUAAGAGCUUAUGAGAACGGGGAUGAUCAAGCUGGAUCAGGUGCUGAGCAUCAGGAAGCAAUUGGUGAAAUUACUGGAGCUUCUGGACCUGAACUGCAUGAUACUGUGCACGAAAGUCCAAACUCUGCUGAUGAGACACUUUCUGCUCAUACUAGUGCAGCUGAUCCGAGUAGUCAGACUACUGAUAUAAACCAUGAGGAUAGAAAUGGUGAAGAUGGCAUUCAGACUACUAAAGUAAGAGCUUAUUGUAAAGAGGAUGAUCAAGCUGGAUCAGUCUCAGAGCAUCAGGAAGCUAUUGGUGAAAUUACUGGAGAUUCUCCACCUGAACUGCAUCAAACUGUGCAGGAAAGUGGAAACUCUACUGAUAAGACACUCUCUGUUCAGGCUAGUGCAGCUGAUCAGAAUGUUCAGACUACUAAUAUAACCAAUGAGGAUAGAAAUGGUGAAGAUGGCAUCAAGACUGCUGAAGUGAGAGCUUUUGCAAGUCAGAAUGGUAAAGCUGAAUCAGUCUCGGAGCAUCCGGAAGCAAUUGCUGAAAUUAGAGGUGUUUCUCCCCCAAGCUCGUCUUCUGAUGAAACACAGUCUGUUCGGGCUAGUGUAGCUGAUCAAACGCCUGCAGCUCCAUCUGAAAACUCUGCUGGUGCUGGCCCCCCUCCUGUUCGUCCAGCUGGCCUUGGCCGUGCAGCCCCCUUGCUGGAACCUGUAGUUCGGGUAGCGCAGCAGCCUCGUGUGAGUGGUACUGUAUCAAGUACACAGUCCCAACAAAUGGAAGAUUCCCCAAAUGGUGAAGCUGAGGAGUAUGACGAGACACGUGAGCACCUUCAGAUGAUAAGGGUGAAGUUUUUACGGCUAGCUCAUAGGCUUGGGCAAACACCCCAUAAUGUUGUUGUGGCCCAAGUUUUGUACAGACUUGGACUGGCUGAGCAACUCAGAGGAAGAAAUGGGGGGCGUGUUGGUGCUUUUAGUUUUGAUCGUGCAAGUGCAAUGGCUGAGCAGCUUGAAGCAGCAGGUCAGGAGCCACUUGAUUUCUCUUGUACCAUAAUGGUUCUUGGAAAGACUGGAGUUGGUAAAAGUGCUACCAUCAAUUCUAUUUUUGAUGAGGUGAAGUUCGAUACUAGUGCUUUUAAUAUGGGAACCAAAAAGGUUCAGGAUGUUGUGGGAACUGUGCAGGGCAUUAAGGUUCGGGUCAUUGAUACUCCGGGGCUUCUACCUUCCUGGUCAGACCAACGAAGUAAUGAGAAGAUCCUGCUGUCAGUUAAGAACUUCAUUAAGAAAACACCACCUGAUAUUGUGUUGUAUCUUGAUAGGUUAGAUAUGCAGAGCAGGGAUUUUAGUGAUAUGCCACUUUUACGCACAAUAACAGAAAUUUUUGGGCCCUCCAUAUGGUUCAAUGCCAUUGUUGUUCUAACUCACGCAGCAUCUGCUCCACCUGAUGGCCCUAAUGGUACUGCUUCCAGUUAUGACACGUUUGUUACUCAGCGUUCUCAUGUUGUGCAGCAAGCCAUUCGUCAAGCAGCUGGUGACAUGCGUCUCAUGAAUCCUGUGUCAUUGGUUGAGAACCACUCUGCAUGCAGAACAAAUAGGGCUGGGCAGAGAGUUUUGCCAAAUGGCCAGGUUUGGAAACCUCAUUUGUUACUUCUAUCUUUUGCCUCAAAAAUUCUGGCAGAAGCAAAUGCUCUUCUUAAGUUACAAGAUAGUCCACCUGGGAAGCCUUAUACAACUCGAUCUAGAGCACCUCCAUUACCUUUUCUUUUGUCAACCCUUCUCCAGUCAAGGCCACAAUUGAAGUUGCCAGAGGAGCAGUUUGGUGAUGAGGACAGUCCUGAUGAUGACCUCGAUGAAUCAUCCGAUUCUGAUGAUGAAACAGAACUUGAUGAAUUGCCACCAUUUAAAGCUUUAACAAAAGCCCAAGUGGAAAAGCUGUCUAAAGCUCAGAAGAAAGCAUAUUUUGAUGAGUUAGAGUAUAGAGAAAAGCUUUUGAUGAAGAAACAAUUGAAGGAAGAAAGAAAGCGGCAGAAGAUGAUGAAAAAAAUGGCCGAAUCAGCUAAAGAUCAACCUAGUGACUAUAGUGAAAAUGUGGAAGAAGAAAGUGGCGGUGCAGCAUCUGUUCCUGUUCCCAUGCCAGAUUUGGCCUUGCCUGCUUCUUUUGAUUCUGAUAAUCCCACUCAUCGGUAUCGUUAUCUUGAUUCAUCAAACCAGUGGCUUGUAAGACCUGUUCUAGAAACUCACGGUUGGGAUCAUGAUGUUGGUUAUGAAGGUUUAAAUGUGGAAAGAUUGUUUGUUGUCCGCGAAAAGGUACCUCUAUCUUUCAGUGGUCAGAUUACCAAGGAUAAAAAGGAUGCUAAUGUUCAGAUGGAAGUAACCAGUUCCAUUAAGCAUGGGGAAGGGAAAGCAACCUCAUUAGGUUUUGAUAUGCAGACUGUUGGAAAGGACUUAGCUUAUACAUUACGCAGUGAGACUAGAUUUUGUAAUUUUAGAAGAAAUAAGGCGACUGCUGGUCUCUCGUUUACUGUCCUUGGUGAUGCCUUAUCAGCUGGAGCGAAGAUUGAAGACAAAUUGAUUGCCAAUAAGCGAUUCAAGGUCGUCGUUAGUGGUGGUGCAAUGGCAGGGCGUGGAGAUGUUGCUUAUGGUGGCAGUUUGGAGGCCCAGUUGAGAGAUAAAGAUUAUCCUCUAGGACGUUCCUUAUCAACGCUUGGACUUUCUGUUAUGGAUUGGCAUGGAGAUCUUGCUGUUGGGUGCAAUGUGCAAUCACAGAUCCCAGUUGGAAGACAUACAAACCUUAUUGCCCGGGCCAAUUUGAACAACAGAGGAGCAGGACAAAUCAGUAUUCGGUUAAAUAGUUCGGAACAGCUUCAAAUUGCUUUGGUUGGUCUUUAUCCUCUGAUAAGGAAGCUAAUUGGUGAUGCUCAACAAUGGCAGUUUGGACAGUGAUGGUGAUAAUGUUAGGUCAUUUAAGCUGCAACACUUGCACGGUAAUAGUGAAUUACUUCAAUGGCUGAUCGCCAUUAAAUGAGAUUGAUAGUGAGUUUAUGUUUCUAUACCCAAAAGCAUGUCUUAUUUGAUCACAGUAGUAGUUUCAUUUGCUAGAUAUUCUGUUUUGGUGUUUUUUGUUACAUCAUUGUAUUGAACUCCAACCAUUGCAUCUUUUUUAUUAGAGUAUCUUCUGAAUAUAUGCUUUUAGUCUUUUACUGGCA